AUGAGGAAUCCAUUGGCCAAUUUAGCCCUGACAUUCUGGCUAUUUCUAGAGUGUGUAGAAGCAAAAAAGUAUUGCUGGUAUUUUGAAGGCGGAUACCCUAUAUACUUCAUAUGUCGCUCCUAUGAGGACUGCUGUGGGACUCGCUGCUGUGUGAGAGCCUUGUCCAUCCAGAGACUAUGGUAUUUCUGGGUGCUGCUGAUGAUGGGAGUGUUGUUUUGCUGUGGUGCUGGUUUCUUCAUCCGCAGAAGGAUGUAUCCAUCCCCACUGAGAGACGAGCCAGCGUUCAAUGUCUCUUUCACCAGGCACCCUGUCACCACACCAGUUUCCCAGCAGCCAGGAAGUAUUCAGGGCUUCGGGGUCAACGGGAUGACGGGUGGGGACCCAGGGGUUUCCAUGACACACUCAUCAUACCCGGCACAGCCCGGCUCUGCUCAUAUGAUGAUGGGCUCCUAUCCUCCACCUCCGUCUUACUGCAACCACCCACCACCACCCUACGAACAAAUAUUUCAAAACAGCGACAAGAAGUAA